GCUGGGAGGACGAGGCGGUUCUGUCCCGGCAGGAGGCGGGGCAGCCCCAGGCCGGGACGGCGGCGGCGCCUGGAGCGGGCGGCACCGCUCCAAGAUGGCGGAGUACGUGCAGCUGGUGAAGAGGGCGAUGAAGCACCUCGGCGGCCACGGGGGCGUCCGCGGUGCUAUAUGGCAGCUGCUGAGGGUCAAUGAUUUGAAGACUGGUACACUGGUAGGAACAGACAAAUACGGAAACAGAUACUAUGAAGACAGAAGAAACUUCUUUGGUCGCCACAGAUGGGUCAUCUAUACUGAUGAAAUGAAUGGCAAAAAUACAUUUUGGGAAGUUGAUGGAAGCAUGGUGCCCCCUGAAUGGCAUCGCUGGCUUCACUCAAUGACAGAUGACCCUCCAACUACUCACCCACCAGUUGCUCGGAAAUUUAUCUGGGAGAACCAUAAAUUCAAUCUAAGUGGCACUCCUGGACAGUAUGUACCUUACUCCACUACUCGGAAGAAGAUACAAGAAUGGGUCCCACCUACAAUGGCUAGCAAAUAACAGCAAAAAACAUGACUUGCCUCAGCUUUGGCUUUCAGCAUAAAUUGUAUUUUCACUGGUUUUAUUCAGAAUAAAAGCCUUCUACAACAGCUUUAAUUUAGCAUAUUGAAUAGAGGGGGAAACAAGUGGGAAAACGUUUGGAAGAGCUAGAGGACCAAAUACAUGACAAGUCUUAAUCUCA